AUGAGUGUGCCGAGUUAUCUAUCCUUGCUGCAUAUUCCAGGUCUGCAGGAGCUGCGCAGAGCUGCCCAAGAUCAAGACCUGCAGUUCGUUUUGCACGCUGCAGCCCAAGGUCAAGAGCUGCAGUUCGUUCCGCGCGCUGCAGUUGCCGACUUUAGUUCCCGAAUCUAUGAGCAAAGCGCGCCGCACGGCAUCUACCUGACCGGACCCGGCGGCGUUGGAAAGUCGUCCAUUCUUUUCAUGAUUGCCGCGUCCGUCCUGGCGCGUGAGUGGGAGCGGCAGACGAGAGCCCGCCGUCGACGACCGCGCGACCACGGCGACGACGGCGACGGCGACGACAAUGCAGCCGGCACGUCUGCGACUUCCUCGAUCGUGCAGCAGCGCUCCCCGCAGCCACGUCUCGACGUUGCAGCGGAUGCGGCCGCUGUUGGCGACGCUUCAAGUCAGGGACCAUUUGCUGCAGCUGCUGAGACUGCCGCCAUUUCUGUCUAUGCUGCGCACACCAUCUCGGCAUCCGUCCUAGAAGUUACGCCACCCGUGCUUGUCUUGUACAUUGUCAAUACGGCUGAAUUGGUCGAAAUGUCGCCGGAAGAUGCUGCAACGGAGCUGCGCAGGAAAGUUGAAGCGCUCAAUGCAUCGCUGCUGGAAGCGUUUCCCAAGAUUGCUCAGAUUCUCAAAAACCUCGACAAGUCGGCGCCUGAGAGAUGGCGAGAGUUUUGCACAGCAUGCCGUGAAGCUCGUCGCGAAUUGCGCAUCCUCGACCAGUGGAACGCCCUCGUCGCGCGGGUGAACGACCCCGCGUUUCCCACGGACCACCCGAUGCGCAGCUUCUCUACCAUCGCAUCCAGCAUUGGCUUCUCGUUCUUGGUCACCGCGGUCAGCUCGUCCUUUUCGGCAGUGACCACCGCACAUGGAGUCUUUUGCGACGACGAAGUGCGUGUCUUUCGCAGCGACGAAGCCCGCAUCUGUCAGCACCAUGUCGUCCCACUCACACUGAACGAGCUGAAAGUGCUGCGCGACAUCUGGCGUUCGAGGCCGUCACCCGCUGAGGUCGAUGAUGCCACGAUCGCAGAGUUGCACGAGAUGACGGGCGGCAUUCCACGUCUGUGCGAGUACUUUGCGGAGGCGCGGGCCACAAACCCAGCUGCGGAUAUCAAUGGCACCUGGCAACAAAGCUGUCUUCACUUCUACCGUGAACGUCUUUUCAGCCUUCAGCGACAAACAUACCGGGAUCCCGAAUGUGCGAGCUGGUUUCGCGGCGACUUGGCCUCCGUGCUCCUGCGUAACGCGAAAGAACCGAUUCCAUUCAAUACCCACAGCUCCUACGAGUGGCUCAAUGCGGGGCUGAUGAUGCGUGACGCCACGGGACACCUAGUUCCAAUCAACCGUUUUAUCAACGUUGCGGCCGAACUUUUCUUCCAGCAGGAAAAGCAAUCGUUCUUGCGCAUGCUCUACUUGGAUAGAGCCACAUCCUGGCGUGCUUUGGAGCUGUUUGUUCAAACAAACCUCCGUUCCGGUGGAUUCGUGCUCACUGGCACAACGCUCCGAGGCGAGGUCCGACCUCCACUCGAGAGCAUUUCUAGGAUGAACGUCGUGACUGUCGAUGAGUCGUUCGCUCGCGAUCCUGCGGCCUUCCUUCAAGCUCGUCGCGCAGGAGAAUCGUACCCACCCGGCACACUUUUUAUUCCCGGCUGGUCGCAAUACACUGUGGUGGAUGCAGUCUUGUAUCUUCAGCUGAGGAAUCACCAGUCGCCCUGUCUGAUCUUUGUGCAAGUCAGCCAGCUAUUGUACGGCAACCACAGGUACAAGCUCCCAGAUUUGGUUCAUGAAAAGUUUGGGUGGACCUUGACAGUUCUCGACUCAUACAAGGUUCUGUGCGGUCUUACCAACGAUGCAGCCUUUGCACCGGCUGCACCAAGCUAUGACAUCGCUCAGGGCACGCUUCCACCCCGCAUCUACUACGUUUAUGUGACCGCCGAUGACUCCUUGAUGCGACCCGGUCAAGUCAACAGCAAUCACGACGUCUUGCUCAUGCGGCCGUCAAAUCUCGCACAGCUGGACUCUGAGACGUGGGCGGAAAUGACCCGCGGCUAA